AUGCCUUCGAGAAAAGGGGUUGAGGAGCUAGCUGGGGAGGAAGAAGAAAAUGAGGAAGAAGAGGAAGAUGAGGAGGAAAAAAGUGAGGAAGAGUUCGACGAGGAGCUUGAGGGUGAUCCAACUGUUGAGAGGCUACAGCUGUCUCGAGUUAUUGAGACAGAGCAGGAGGCCCGAGAGAGAGAGCAUCUUGAGGAGGCACGUACUUCCGCCCGGGCUGCUGGUAUUCCUGAGGAAGAGAUUGACACAUAUGUGGCCAUGCAGCAGUCCUAUGAGGCGAGCAGGAAGUCAAGGGGGGCCUCCCAACCCCCGAGGGCGGGUGAGGACAGUUCAUCCGCCCCCCCUCCAGCUGACACACCUUUUCCCCCGUCUGUGGGUCCUGAGAUAGUGACACCCGAGUCAGAGGCAACAAUCAAGGGUGAUACUGAGCUGACUCCAUUGAUAGUGCCUCCGUUGGAGGUCCUCCCUACUGAUCAAACACCAUCGGACGCCUGA